AUGGCUCCUCCGACAGAAUUGACCCUUUUAGAUAUACCGAGCGAGAUCCUAUUGCUGAUCUUUUACGAAACUUCGACAAUCCAGGAUGCUUGCGCUCUUGCUCGGACAUGCUCGCAGCUUCACGGACUGUUUUCACCCUUCAAUAAUAAGAUCAGUAUUCUUCGGUCGGCGGCCAAUGUUUCCAGGCGGCCAAAGUGUGAUUCUGGGGAAGACUUACCUGCGGUCAUUCGAAUACCGCCCCUCAACUGGGCGUUUCGAAGCAGCCAAAAUCCCAAAUGCGGCCUGCUGAUGGAAAUAAAUUACGGUCCACUAUCGGAGGAACUGACUGCUUCGACGAUGUGGAAUCUGGGAAUAAUACAGAGACGCCAAUCCAAGAGCCGUAUGUUUAACAGGGCAUUGCAUGAUUUUCUUUCCCAAUUCCAAGAACUAGAACGACGCUGGAGAGGAUACUUUGAACAUGCCACCGAGAACAUCCUGGCAAGCGCCGCGAGAUUGCAGCUGGAGAUUCUCCACCGUUCCGAGUCAUCGUUUGUCCCUACCGACCUUUCGAGCGAGACGACGGUUAUUGCGCUGGCCCUUCACUUACUUCUUGUUGUGCGGGAUAUUAGUAUUGUGGAUGACUUGGCAGUCCCCUGCACUGAGGAGGUGGUAUUUGCAGAUGGCCCUCUGAUCACCUUUGAUGGCGGCUACGAGUCCAACAGGCUUAUUCCAUCUUUGCGGGUCCACAAGAAAAAUGAACAAGAAUGGACAGAGAUACGCCUGGCCGAGACUAGUCAAAAACCGAGCUAUAGUCUCGAUGCCAGUCCGAAUGUCAUGAUGGAGUAUAUCAUUCAGUCGUCAUUUCGGCUCUUAGAUGCGCAUGAUCCCCGCCAUUGGCCGACAGUACUGUUUAUAAUUUUGAUCCUUUAUCUCUGCUUGCCCGACAUGUCGCCGUUUACCCCCUGGAUGUCAGCAAUCAAAGACGCAUCUGGGCCGCUAUUGCCCGUUCUCAAAGACCUUGCCCGAUAUUACUAUAUAUCCACAGAUGGUGGGAGGUUAAUGAGCGACUCCUGGGCUGACGAGGACUUUGCGGCUCGAGUCGGUCAUCAUGAAGAACGUAUCAAAUACGCUCGCAUGUUGAAUGAGCUCUGGCUCGAAACAGGUAGAUUGCAGAUCCUGGUUCAACAGUCCCCCGCUAACGACUACAGAUCGCGGAGAAUGGGCUAG